GGUCGGCGACGACACGUUUUACACAUCUCGUGUGUUGCAACAGUUUGAAUAAUAUUUGUUUUUCUCCACAAUACGAGGAGAUACUACGAUCGAUGAACAGGCACUCAACUCAAGCCUACAGCAUCGUGGACUUAAAGUAAAGUAAAGUAAAGAGAUCCACACAUCCGGUUGAACUUCAUAUUACAAGAUGGACAGGACAUCACCAAGAGAUGGCCGCUUGGACGUGCUUCAGAGAGUCCGAAAAAUGGUCGAUGAGCUGGAGGAACCGCUUCAACCGCAGAAGCCAUUUUCAUCAAGAGAAGGAGAAGAGGAGAAUACAAGAUUUACAAGCAACCAGACAGAUGUGUAUGAUGAUGGGACCAACACGUUCUUCUGGAGGGCCCACUCAAUCACAGUAUUGUUUGGAAUGUUAGCAGCUCUGCUUUACGUUGCUGUGUUGGAAGACGUCAAGUUUGACACAGCCUUCAAUACAAAGAGAGGCAUGUUUGCGUGUGUGAUAGCAUUCUGUUCAUUUGGAAUGACUCAGGCCAAAGACGGACCUUUCAAACGACCUCAUCCUGCAAUCUGGCGAUUCUUCCUGUGCCUUAGCGUCAUCUACGAGCUCUUUCUUGUCUUUAUAUUAUUCCAGUCUGUAGAUGAUGCAAGACAGCUGAUUAGUUACAUUGAUUCAGAUCUCGGUAAGGAGCUCCCUGAGAAGACUUAUGCCGAGGAUUGCAGCUUUUACACACCAGGACACCCAGAGGGCGCUUUCCAUAAUUUCUGGGAAAAAUGGGACAUAUUUGUUUUGGCUCAUGUGCUUGGAUGGUACAUAAAGAUGCUUAUGAUAAGAGAUUACUGGCUAUGUACCAUAUUGAGUAUAUCGUUCGAGAUCAUGGAAUACACCUUCGAACAUCAACUAAAUAACUUUGGGGAAUGCUGGUGGGAUCAUUGGAUAAUGGACUUCCUUGUCUGCAAUGGCCUUGGUAUCUGGCUAGGUAUGGUGACACUCAACUAUCUCAAUAUCAAGACAUAUAGCUGGAGAGGCCUGUAUCACAUUCCAACAUACGGGGGAAAGUUAAAACGGAUGAUCCUUCAGUUCACGCCAUACAGUUGGACAAGAUUUGAAUGGAGACCAACGGAGAAUCUCAACAGAUGGCUUGCAGUAUUAGCCAUCUGUACUCUGUGGACACUGUCAGAGUUGAACACAUUUUACCUAAAGACCGUUCUAUGGAUACCGCCACCUCACUUCAUUAACUGGUCUCGUUUAUUCAUCCUCUGUCCUGUCGGCUGUGUGGCGUUGAGGGAGACAUAUCAGUACAUCGAAGAUCCGAACUGCAAGAAGUUUGGCCAGCAGUCCUGGGUGCUAGUUGCCAUCAUCUUCAGCGAGACACUCAUCUCGGUCAAGUUCCAGUUUGACGUAAUCACCAAGCCCUUCCCCCGUCCCGUUGCCAUCGCCUGGUUGGUCUUCUUCCUAGCUCUGGUCCUCUGGACAGUCUGGCGAUUCUGUAUCUGGUCCCCGAGUCGAUGGCGCAGCACCAGCAGCCCCACGGACCCCAAGGACACCGCCGAAGACAGCGGUCGAGCGGACGGACAAGAGAAGGCGGUCACUCGGACGGUCAAGACCACCAAGCUGGUCAGCUCGGUCACCAAAAGCAGCUCGGCUUCCUCCCGGACGGUCGGACCGGACGGGGACGGCGUCGACAACGGUGUGGAGAAUCGAGGUAGCCCCUAUGCAACCAGGUCGAAGAAACGGGUCAUAAACGGGAAGUCAUGAAUAGCCAUCUCAAUCUGUACUACAUGCACAUCCAAUUUUAAUGUGUUGAUAUGAAAUAUGUUUUAUAACGUUUUUAUACAUCUUUAUGUCCACCUGAAAUCUUUCCAUCGUUCUGCAAUCGAUUUGGUGUUAUAUAUUGUGAUUUCUUUUCUCCUUGUGAAGGAGCUAUGCCAUUACAAUUUAAUAUUGAUAUGUAUAUACUUGUGGUGACUCUACACAAUUAAUCGUAUGAAUUGUGGGGAAAAGAAAGCGUCUAACAUUAUUUUGAGACUGAGCAGAAUAUAAUAAUAAUUUUUGUGGGCUAUCUUUUUUUUCCACAUUUGGGGGAUUGCGGAAAAUUGUGGGCUAUUUCUUUCAUUUUAAGGGCUACUUUUAGCAGCAAAUAUCAUUAUUCUUCCAUAGUUAGAAUGUUGAUUUUGAACAAUCUUUGAAUAUUUUUUGUGACGGAUCUUGGGGUGACUCUAGAAAGAAUGGUCACCCCAAAGCAUGCAUUUUGGGGGAAUUUUAGGGGCUAUUUGGGUAGUCAUGAGGGCAAAAUCAUCCUGAGCCCUAAUGUAUUACACAGCAUUGUGACUAUCUCUUCCAGGAUCCUGUUUCAUAAAGACUUGUUAUAAUAACAAAUAUUAAAUUUCUAUAAAUAGUUCACCAUCACCCAAUCAAAUUGAUGGAUUUCAGUAGCUUUAAACUAUUAUUGCAAAUUUGUUAUAACAUUUUUUUUUUCUGAAAAUGGGCCCCCACUUGCUUAUUGGAAUCGAGUAUUCUAUUCGCUGUGUGAAACCUAUGGGAGUUACAUAAUUCGGUAUUCAAUUGGUUGAUAUAGAUUUUAAAGGCCCUAAUGUGAUGAUUUUAAAUAUUUUGGGACUUUUUAUAUUGCCAUUUUGCUACUAGUCAGAGCCACCUUUUGAGUCACAAUCACAUGAGUUAUGUUUAGAUAAAAUUCACAGCAGCUUAUGUCUUACUUGUAUUUCAGUAUCAUAAACCAAAGAUAAUAUAAGGAUUUUGUGAUGAUUUGCCAAAUAUACCAAAAGUUGUCUAAAAGGUAUUCGUAGUAAAGUGUAAACUAAUACUAACAGUCCGUAUUAACCCAAGGUAGCCACAAGCUGCAGGCUAAUAUGUGAGCAGGCUUUGGGUAAUAUAUGUCAUCACCCUUCUCCAUUCAUAUACGCUGAGUAGCUGGCCAAAAAGCGCAGAAGUCUUUGGUAUUACUCAUCCAUCAUGGGCGGGAAUUGAACCUUCAACCUCCUUUCAUGAUUUAGGCCUGUAUUCUGAAGUCAGGUUUAACUUAGACCAUGGUCUAACUCUGCUAAAAUUAUGGGAAGCAAAGAGUGUCAAAAUUUUUAUUAAGUUGUAUGUUUAUUAUGUUUUUCAUGCUCUUUCCUGAUUCACCGAUGGUGAAGGCAAACAUCAAUUUAUACUUCCUAGACAAUUAUGAAUGGCUUGAGAACCAAAUGAGCUGAAAUAUGAUAUCUCUACCGUUAGUGAUUUAUAGAACAAUUGGCUAUCCAUACUUAAACCACAACUUGAAACCUGAGUUUAAGUUAAACCCAACUUCAGAAUACGGGCCAUAGAGUUAGGGUGGCAGGUGGCAGUAGGCUUUUGUGUUAAAUGGGUUUAGGAUAGGGUAUAGUUUUAAAUCCAGGGGUGAAGUUGGUUGUCUUAUUAGUGUGUGGAAAUUACAGCAGACCAAUUGUCACUGGAGCAAAUGUCAUAGAACCAUAUGUCCCCUAGGAAGGUAUGAUGAAAAAAAUGGGGAAAAAAUGGUAGAUUUCUACGACAAUUUACCUUUGGUGUUUUGUUAUAAUGUGGGAUCUACAUAUCUUAGUCCAUUCGUCCCCUUUGGGUUGUUUCAUAAAGAAUCAAAGCUGAACUCAAGUAGUGGAAGCAAAAGAUAAUUUCAUAAUGUAGUCUUUGUAGUCAAGGUCAAUGAUACCCAAAUCCUAGUAGAUCUAGAUCUAGUACAUUUGUGUAACACUUUGCUUUGUAACUUUAUCAAACUUAAGCUGAAAAGUAAGCACACUGACUAAUUGCUGUGUUAUGAUAAGCAUCAUUAUAUUCCAUCCAUGGAUGCUGCUUUUACUUGGCAUUUCAUCUGCUUCAAGGUCAAGACUCCUGACU